AUGCAGCAUAUUAACAGCAUAGCACAUAUUUUACACCUACUCUAUGGAAUUCCCUUCUUGUCUUGUUCGUGCAAGUGAACAUGUUCGUGGGCUUUGGAAAAAGAUAUUGGACGAGAUCCAGAAAGAUAAGUUCGAUAAUACAGGGCCUAAACAUCUCAAAGCUGAUACUGUUGACUGGAAAAAUGCAGAUCACAGGAGAUCUGUCACUGCCAGCUUGGUUCAAGGAGUAUAUGUCCUAGAAAAUGAUCGCCAUAGGACUCUCCGCAAAAAACCCACAUACUUAUAUGCUGAACCCUGGUGGCAAUCCUUCAAUUUCCAAUUACAUCAAUCUCUAAAAGAUAAUGAGGGGUCCAUAUUCGGUGCCGUUUACAAAUACAUUAAUGUCAAAUGCUCAGCCUCAGAUGAUUCAAACGUCCCAAGAUAUGUUAUUGCCUUUCGGGGCACAUUAAUCCUAAGGCUAAGGGACCUCAAGUUAAACCUGAAAUUCUUCGUUAACGAACUUCAAGAGUCCCAUCGCUCUCAACUUGCAAUGCGGUGUGUUGAAAACUUUGUUGAUUCGAAUGGAAGUUCAAAUGUAUGGUUGGCUGGACACUCACUGGGGUCAGCUAUAGCAUUAAUCGUUGGAAGGAACAUGAUGUUAAAGAAGAAUUGUUGUCUUGAAGCCUAUCUUUUUAAUCCACCAUACGCAUCUCUCCACAUAGAGAAUUUAUGUACUAGUAUGGACGAAGACAUGAAGCACCUGGUCCGCAUUGUACGCGGUAUAUUCAAGAUAGGCCUCGCCAUUGCUGUAGAAGCUCGAAUUAAUCCUCAAAUGCAGGAGCAGAAGGCUGACACUUUUUGUUUGUUAUCAGGCUGGACUCCUCACCUGUUUGUGAACCCGGGUGAUUUUAUUUGCUCAGAAUAUAUUGCAUACUUCAAAGAUCACAAGCUGGAAACAGCUCCAGAAAUGAGGACGCUCUCAGGAAUGAGCUGUACUACGAUAAAUCUAGUCAAACAUUUAACAAUGGGGGAAAAUUUAAAAGAUGCAAUGCAAUUCCUUCCUUCUGCAGAUCAAAUUCUCAAUAAAUCUCGCCCACACGAAAAAUUACCUGCUGCUAAUUAUUUCAUGAAUUUCCUUGACGCUCAUGGACUUUGCCAGUGGUGGGAUCGUGAAGUUCGCUGCCAAUCAACUCGAUAUGUGUAUCCUACCACAAAGGAUCCCCAGUAAUGGGGAUGAUGGAGUUCUUAAUCAAACAUGUUGCAUGCCCCAGCGUAGAUCUUUUGUAAUCCUGUACUGUAUUGAAUAAAGCGGUCAAGUGUGUACAGUUAAUGGACCCAAAAUAAGUGGCGAGUGUGUUUGGCCCAAGUGUGUACCAAUGAAUAAUAAUAUUGAUAGAGCUCUCUGAUCUUUGUUCACAUGAGUUGGUUCUAAAGAUAUUUGCCUGAAUAAAAAGAAGAUUGUUGAAUUUUAA